AUGGUCAAGUGUAUCCCUUAUGGAGGUACUUUUUUUGGUGCACUUCAAAAUAUUUAUGUGAUGUUUUCAGCUUCUCCAAAGCGGUGGAAAGUUUUCAAGGAUAAGGUGAAAGGUUCAGAGGGAAUUACAUUGAAAAAAUUGUCUCAAACAAGGUGGGAGAGUCGAGUGGAAAGUGUCAAAGCAGUACGACAACAAGCCCCAAAAAUUCGAGAAGCUCUAGCGUAUUUAGCAGAGAAUUGUGAAGAGGAAAAGGGUAAAGAUAUCGACAUAAAUGAUGUUGUUCAGAAAUUAAAACGACUUAUAUAUUUUCUGGAAUCAUACAGGAGCAAUGGGUUUGAAAAAGCCUUGGCUGAAGCUAGAGUUAUUGCAACACAGAUGGGCAUUGAACCCGAGUUCCGAAUUAAGCGUUUUAUUUAUAAAAAGACGUCAUUCAGUGAGCCAAAAAAUGUGGAAGUACGUCAAUCACCUGAAGAAUCAUUUAAGGUUAAUUUUUUCAUAUACAUAAUGGAUCAAGCUCUUUUCUCUGUGAGGACUCGGUUUGAGCAGUUUCAAAUUUAUGAAGAAAAAUUUGGGUUCUUAUUUGAUAUGCAAAAGUUAACUCUUAUGGAUGAUAGGAAAUUGUUGAAUUUAUGUACUGAGCUUGAAAGUUAUCUGAAAGAUGGAACUUCAAGUGAUAUCGACGGAGCAGACUUGUUUAGUGAAUUAACAGUGAUGUCUUGUAUGUUACCGAAUGAGGUAAGAAAACCCAUUGAAGUGCUGGAAGCUUUGAAGAAUAUGGUUGGUUCAUUUCCAAAUGCGUGGGUAGCCUACAGAAUUUCGUUAACUAUACCAGUAACUGUUGCAACGGCGGAGCGAGUGUUUUCUAAACUCAAGUUGAUCAAGAAUUAUCUUCGAUCUUCUAUGUCGCAAGAAAGAUUAAACGGGUUGACUAUGUUGUCUAUCGAACACGUAAUGUCAGCAAAUAUAGACUAUGGAUCGCUUAUACAUGAUUUUGCAUGUGAAAACGUACGAAGAGAAUUGAUUUUCGAGUGA